GGGUCGACCCGGGUGGUUGACUCGCAUCAGAGCCCACCAGGUUGCUUUUGGCAGUGCCCAACCGCCGACUGUAUGCCUGAAGAAAGAUCUCCCGGCAUGGCUUCUGAUCCGAACGAGAUUUUGCGAAUACUUUAAAAUAGCUUUAACCUUAACGCCUUCCAAUGGCAAAAUCGCAAUCUGAUAUCAACCCCACCGUCAAUAAAAAAUGCGAUGGUGAGGUCAUGGCCACUAACGCUUUCUGGAUUCUUCUGUUCUGCAAUCUCAUCGCCAUGGGCGCCACCAUUUCUAUGUUGGCUUCCUUAUUUCUUCGGCUGCUCGCCUCUUCCUUGCCCAAAAGUUUUUCUUUUCCGGAGCUUCCCGAGGCAAUCCCCAGUCUCUCUAGCUUCUCCUCUCUUACGGAGACUCAUCCCCGUGCUCUGAGCGUCGCCCAAAAAUGGCGAAAACCCCAGAAAACAGGCUCCCACUGAAGGCUUUUGGCUGGGCUGCGGGGGAUUCCUCUGGUGUCCUAUCUCCUUUUCAUUUUUCACGAAGGGAGAAUGGUAAUGAUGAUGUCACUGUAAAAAUUCUUUACUGCGGGGUUUGCCACUCUGACUUGCAUGUUGCCAAGAACGAAUGGGGGUCAACACAUUAUCCAGUGGUUCCUGGACAUGAAAUUGUUGGUGUUGUGACUAAAACUGGGAGUACUGUAGCAAAUUUCAAAGCAGGUGACCGAGUUGGUGUUGGGGUCCUUGUGGGUUCUUGCAGGACAUGUGAAUGCUGUCAACAGAACUUGGAGAGUUACUGCCCCAAUGCGAUUUACACUUACGACUCCUAUUGUCAUGAUGGGCUGAAGACUUACGGUGGUUAUUCUGAUUUUGUGGUUGUUGACCAGCAUUAUGUGCUCCACUUUCCUGAUAAUCUACCCUUUGCUGGAGGUGCACCACUAUUGUGUGCUGGGAUCAGUGUGUAUAGCCCUAUGAAAUAUUAUGGAAUUACUGAGCCCGGCAAGCAUUUAGGUGUGGCUGGACUAGGUGGGCUUGGUCAUCUAGCCGUGAAGUUUGGCAAGGCCUUUGGGUUGAAAGUUACUGUCAUCAGUUCCUCCCGGCACAAGGAAGAUGAAGCAAUCAACAGACUCGGUGCUGAUUCUUUCCUGGUUACCAGUGAUCCUGCAAAUAUGAAGUCAGCUCUGGGUACCAUGGACUACAUCAUUGACACAAUAUCUGCAGUGCAUCCCCUGGCUCCAUUUCUUGGUCUACUGAAGCUGAAUGGAAAAUUGGUCACGGUGGGUUUGCCUGAGAAGCCUCUAGAUCUGCCUAUCUUCUCUUUAGUGUCAGGGCGAAAGCUUGUUGGAGGGAGUGACACCGGGGGGAUUAAAGAGACGCAGGAGAUGCUGGACUUCUGUGCAGAACACAAUAUUGCUGCAGAAGUCGAGCUCAUUCAGAUGGAUUACAUCAAUACUGCUUUUGAACGGCUUAUGAAGUCUGAUGUCAAGUAUCGGUUUGUGAUUGAUGUAGCAAACUCAUUGCAACAGUAGGCACGGCAUGGAAAUGAGAUUCCCCUAGAUGCCAUUGCUUCUCUUAUUUCUAGGCCCUCAUGGAAAAAAAUAAUUUAUUUCACUUGAUCCUGUUAUGGAGGUUUAUGAACAGUAAUGAAAUUUGCAGUGUGUCUCAAAAA